AUGCUCACUCAGCCUUCAGCCCUCGCGAUGCUGCUGUGCGCGACCUCUGCGACAGCUUUUGUCGCGCGGUCGCUGCGUCCAGCGCUGCGCACGCCGUCAUCGCUGGCCGACGCGCGCCUCGUGUCGAGCGCAUCGUCCGAGGAGGACGCGCCGACGCCCUCCUCGGCGACGGCGACCACGCUGCCCAAGCUGCUCGUCUUCGACCUCGACCACACGCUCUGGACGCCCGAGCUCUACACGCUGCGCCGCCUGCCCGGCUACCAGACGGCGGCGGCGCCGGGCCCCGUCGCGGACGCGGACGUGUCGCUCUUCCCCGGCGCCGCCGCCGUGCUCGAGGCCGUCGCGACGGAGCCGCGCUGGCGGAAUACAAAAUGCGCCUGCGCGAGCCGGACGAACAAGGGCCCCUGGGCGAGGAGCCUGCUGUCGCAGUUCGAGGCGGGCGGGAAAUCGCUCGACGAGCUCAUGGCCUACCAGGAGAUCUACACGGGCGGCAAGGCGCGCCACUUCGAGGCGCUCCGGGACAAGAGCGGCGUCGCCUACGAGGACAUGCUCUUCUUCGACGACGCGCGCGACGGCAAGUACGGCAACUGCGAGGCCGUCGCGCGCCUCGGCGUCAUGUCCGUGCACACGCCCGGCGGCCUCGACGCGGCGCUCUUCGACCACGCGCUCGCCGCGUACGCGGAGCGGCGCGACGCGGGACGCGACGUCGGCGUCAUCGUCGACCGCCCCGCGGGAGCGGGCGGCGCGGCGGCGACGAUCAAGAGCUGGCGGCCGGAGAAGGGCUUCGGGUUCUGUACAGUGCCCGGCGAGGCCAAGGACGUCUUCUUCCACCGGUCGUCCGUCUCCGGCAGCGUCGACGCGCUCCGCGCGGGCGCCGAGGUCACCGUGACCGUGGGCCGCGACGGCCGGGGACGCAAGCAGUGCGACAGCGUCGCGCUCGCGGGCGCCGAGGACGCGGACGUCGUGCGCGUCCCCUGCUUCAGCAUGAACAUGCCCUUCGCGGGCCUCGUGGCCCACGGCUACAAGACGCUGGAGACGCGGAACCACACCAUGUUCGUGCCGUUGGAGGGCCAGACCGUGGCGCUGCACGUGGGCCGGCGGACCUACCCCGACGGCGGCGCGCACCGCGACAUCAUGGCGCGCGACGGCCUCUCCGAGGCGGACAUCGACCGCCUGACGACGCUGCCGGACGGCGCGGCGCGCGGCACCAUCGUCGCGCUCGUCGACGUCGGCGAGACGGUCCUCGUCGACGACGUCGCGGAGCGCAGCCUGCUCGCCGUCGAGACGGGCGCGGUCGCGACGGGCGCGGCCAUGGGCCGGUACCUGACGACGAUGAAGAACGCGCGGUUCCUCGACGCGCCCGUGCCGACGCGCGGCCGGCCGGGCUUCUUCGACGCGGCCAUCCCCCGGGCGCUCGCCGAGAAGUACGGCGCGCUUGUGUGGAGCAUGGACGUCGGCGGGGCGGCGCCGUGCCUCUUCCUGGUGAUCGGAUUCAUCUUCAUGGUCACGCCCCCCUACAACUGGCACGAGACUUUGCUGACCAACGCGUGCACGGCGGAGGUGCCCCUCGACCAGGAGAAUGUGAAGCCCUUGUUCGGCAUGCUGACACACGCGGCCUUCUUCAUCGGCGAGCUCAACUGGGGCAUGGCGUCGGUCCACCUCAUGAAUUGGCUCGGCUUCGAGCCGGCGCUCGCCGCCGCGCCCGUCGUCGUGCUCAUCAGUUCGGGCAUCGUCAAGAUCAAGCUCGGGAAGGGCGGGCCGACGGGGCUCCCGAUCCACGGGCCGCCCGCGCCCGUGCCGCAGCUCGCGAUCCUGCUGGGCCUCGUCGUGUUCUCGAACGCGGUCCACGCGUGCGCCACCGGCGGCGUGAAGCGCGCGCCGGGCCCCACCGACCUCGCCGAGUACGCCGCGGGCUGCGCGGCCAUCUUCGGCGUGCCGCACCUGCUCUCGCAGUACCACCUCGCGACGUCGCCCUGGACGGGCGCGCCCAUCUCGCGCGGGAAGGCGGCCUAA